UCCAAUCCGUGGACAGAAUUUGCCAGACCCCCUCCUUGGUCCUUUCACUAUAGAACGCUCAGUGCCCCACGUCCGCGUCAUUUUGAAGACACGUAGGUUGUGGAGCUUUUAAAUAGAUGUAGCCCGAGCCGCGAGCUCUGGACACUUCUCUUCAUAUUGUAAAUUAUCCCCGUGUCCUCCACGCAGCUUCCGUUUUCCCCCACAACUUUCAUCCCUUUGGACCCGUCCAUCGGCAGGAUAAAUAUUUGUAGAUGACCUAAACUUCCAUCUCUGAAAUGAUGGAGGAAAGACAAGCGGAUUCACAGAACACUGUGGUGGAGGACCAAGACACAUGGCAUGAGCUAGCUAUAACGGACCCAGUGGACAAACCACACCUGGUACACAAGGAAUCAGAGGACCAGGAGGCUCUGUUGUUGAACGGGGCUAAACAUCCUGAACAUCGCCCUCUGUUGGUCUCCUUCGCCCUGGAGGAGUUUGAGUUUCCCUCCAGUGUCUGUUUAGAAGAGAUGCCCCUCUUCCCCCAGUGGCACCUACCCCUCAAACUGAUGGCCAUCUUGAUGGCGCUGACCUUCCUGUACACUUUUACAAGGGAUGUGCUACAGCCCUUUGUAUCUCAGAGCAGGAGUGACUUCUAUAAGAUCCCUAUACUGGUGAUGAAUAAGACCCUGCCAUGGACGGCCAUAUCUCUGCUUGCUCUGGUCUAUCUGCCUGGGUUACUGGCUGCCCUGCUACAGCUGCACAGAGGUACCAAGUACAGCAGUUUCCCAGGCUGGUUGGAGAGGUGGAUGUCUAUGAGGAAACAGCUGGGCCUGCUAGCUUUCUUCCUAGCAGCACUCCAUGCUAUCUACAGCCUCUGUUACCCUAUGAGACGCUCCUACAGAUACAAGCUGCUCAACUGGGCUUACCAACAGGUCCAGCAGAAUCAGGAGGACUCAUGGGUAGCAGAUGACGUGUGGCGUAUGGAGAUCUAUGUCUCCCUGGGUAUCAUGGGUUUGGGUCUCCUGGCUUUAUUAGCCAUCUCCUCCCUUCCCUCCAUUUCUGAUGCCCUCAACUGGAGAGAGUUCACCUGGAUGCAGAGGAGUCUGGGAUAUGCUGCCCUGGUCCUGUGUACAGCCCAUGCUCUGGUCUAUGGCUGGAGGAAGUGGGUGGAGCCUAAGCACUACGUGUGGUACACCCCUCCAUCCUUUAUCCUGGCCUCGCUCCUCCCAGCCACCGUCCUAUUGGUCAAGGCUGUGCUGCUGCUGCCUUGCCUGGACCGGCGACUGGGGCAGAUUCGUCGAGGCUGGGAGAGUCCCCGCCCCCCAAGGGGAAGGGGAGUGACUGAAAAAGACUCGCUCUGAAAGAUGAUGCGUCAAAACCUGGGAUGCAGCAGUGACGAUUGAUAAAUUGUUUCAAUUUUGGGAUAAGACUGGAAGCUUGGUCUCUGGACCUCAAGGAGAAUCGGUGCUGGUUGAUGGGCAACAUAAAGUGGCCACUGCACAGUUCCACUCUUCUGCUUAUUAUACAGAUAUCUGAGGUGACAUACUCUGUAGUCUACACACAGUGUGCUUACUGAAUUGAUGUCCUGAGAACAUAGCCUGGUUAAGCAGACUGACCGCUGUGCUCAUGUUUUGUUUAAUUGAGAUAUUGCAAGAUCAGACUGGUUUCACAAGGCUACUGAGGAAGAUCAGUUGAAGGUAAAAGUAAAACGAAUGACCAUCUUGUGGCAUGUUUGCACCCAGUCAGGGAAACAUGGAGAAACCAAAGCCUGCUCCUCUUAGACAUAUAUUCUAUAAGUAAGUAGUUAGUGCAUAUUAAUGGUAUUUAAUGUCAGACUAGACAAUGGCUGUAGACGAUGUUAAAUGUAGUGCACUAUAUAGGAAAUAGGGUGCUGUUUAGGAAGCAGCCAUUGAGAGCAUCAUCAUAAUUCCGAUUUAAGUAGGCCCAUUAUAAUUUGUAUGAAUGAUUUUGAAGCUUACUUUGUGCUUGUUGUCAACUGUAUUUUCUCUGGCGCUAGAAUAUCCAUUAGAAUAUGUUGUAUCAAGACCGCAGCAAAAAGUGCUGAAAUAUCCCAAAAUGCAGUUGAAGGUAGAGGAACUACCCUCAGUUUCAGUCUGAAAUAAAGAUUUGAACAUGAUGAGA